AUGGCGACGCUCCCGCCUGGCGCGUUCGCCUUCGUGCAGUAUGACGAUCCAGCCGACAAUGGACUCUGGCACGAACGCUUGAUCAUGGGCUGGAUCGCCGGGGCAGAGUACGUUGUGAUGGCGCCGGACGGGGGCGUCUUCACAGAGCAGCUCGACUCCGCCAACCGCGACCUCUCGGGAGUGCGGUUCUCGCCAGCGACAGGAGGCCUCCCUGCCGGGCUUGCAGGCGCGAGGCUCUACAGGUUCGCGGCCCAGCCCGUCGGCGCCGAUCUGGCAGCCCUGCUUGCCGAGGGAGCCUCUCGCGCUCGCGUGGAGCGCCAGGCGAGGGGCCUGGCUCAGCCGCCUGGCGCGGGCGCGGCGGGCGGCCCUGGGGGCGUCGCCCCAGUCGCGGUCCCUGUGCCCCUGCCGGUGGCGCCGCCACCGACCGCGCCAGGGGCCCCGUCGCCGCCGCCGCCCGGCCCGAGGCUGGCGCCAGCGGGCGGGUGCUGGGUAUUUGAUGUGCCUGAGGCUAUGCACGCAGUCGGGCAGGAGUUCAUGUAUCCCGCUGGGGCGCUGGACUUUGGGGGCCGGGUGUUCGUGACCGUCGGGAGUGACAUCGCAACUGGCUCCUUCGUCGCCGCCGACACGGACUUGGACGUGUGGGCUGCGGAGCGCCAGCUCUUCCUGAUGCGGGGCGAGCCCCGCCUCCUGCCGCGCCGCCAGCCUGCUGAGCCUAUCCCCUUCACCACGGACGCCCUGCUGCUGCGCAGGGAUGCUCGCACCGAGAUCCGCCUGAAGGGGCCGCCCAGCAUGGGCGACGCGGUGUCGGCGCUGCAGGCGCGGAGCCCUGGCGGCUUCAUGGCCUCGCACGAGCGCUGGCUGGUGGAGAGCCGCGUGCCCGCGUCCAGUCGAUUGGCUCACGAGCACAGAGUGGACGUCAGCCCGUCAGUCUUCGAGGUCAGCCGUGCCGAGGCUCUCCGCGCAGGCAUCCUGGUGAAGGAUCCGAAUGACGCGAGCGAGCUCGUCUACCCGGCGAUGCAGGUGUUGCCGAUGGGCUGGUCUUGGGCUUUUUGGUUCGUUCAACGCCUACACCUCGAGGGCCCGAUCGAGGUGCCCUACUCGGACAAUGUCAACGCGUUUGGGGGGUCGCGCUAG